GCCAAUUUCAUGUUACACCCUUCUCUCUUUCUUGAAAAUUAAUCCAAAACCAUCACCACCUUGAAGUCCUACGCCCUUGUCAUUAUUAAUUUUACAGAAUCAUAAUCAAUUUGGCAACUCCUUUGUCAUUGAUGUCAUCAGACAAAGAAGGCAAGGAUGAAUCAUCAACAUGGAUUCUUGAGAGCAUUCAGAUUCAUCCCGCGGAUAGGUCUAUAAGGGAUGAGGAUGAUGAACCAUCCCCUAAUGCAAGCCCGGUGCUAAAAUCUCCCAGUGAAGGUUCUCAGAGCAAUGUGAGGAACAGGAAUGUCAAUCAGGGGAAUGGGGGGAGGAAGAUGGUGAGGGUAGAAUCAGGAGCAGCAAGAGGGAUUAAGGGUUUACGGUUUCUCGAUAGAACGGUCACUGGGAAGGAAGCAGAUGCAUGGAGGUCCAUUGAGAAGCGUUUUACUCAACAUGCAGUUGAUGGAAAACUCUCAAAAGACAAAUUUGGAAUCUGCAUGGGCAUGGGACCAGAAUCAAAGGAUUUUGCCGGGGAACUGUACGAGGCUUUGGCUAGGAGGAGGAAAAUCUGUACAGAAAAUGGAAUAACUUUGGCUGAAGCUAGAGUAUUCUGGGAGGACAUGACUAGCAAAGAUCUUGAAUCAAGGCUUCAAGUGUUCUUUGACAUGUGUGACAAGAACGGGGAUGGAAGGCUAUCAGAAGAGGAGGUUAAGGAGGUUAUAGUGUUGAGUGCCUCGACAAAUAAGCUAGGAAAUCUCAAAACAAAUGCUGAUGGGUAUGCAGCUUUGAUAAUGGAAGAGCUUGACCCUGAUCAUAAUGGAUAUAUUGAGAUGUGGCAGCUAGAAACUCUGCUGAAGGAAAUGGUUAGUUCUGAAGAUGGCCCCAAAAAAGUUAAUAAUACUAAAGCCAUGAAUUUGAGCAAAGCUAUGAUACCGAGCAAGUAUAGAACCCCCGUGAGCAAAUACGUAUCCAAAGUCACAGAAUUUGCCUUAGAUAAAUGGAAAAUAAUAUGGGUUGUGGAAAUUUGGUUGGUCAUAAACUUGGUGCUUUAUAUUUGGAAAUUCAAGCAAUACAGGCAAACGGGUGCCUUUCAAGUCAUGGGUUACUGUGUCUGCUUUGCAAAGGGAGCUGCUGAAACUCUCAAGCUCAACAUGGCUCUUAUUGUCCUAACCAUGUGCAGAAGAACACUUACGAAGCUAAGAGAAUCGUUUCUAAGUCGAAUCAUCCCUUUUGAUGACAAUAUAAACUUUCACAAGACCAUUGCAGUAGCUGUAGUUAUAGGUACUUUGAUUCAUGUAAUGGUGCAUAUCUUUUGUGAUUUUCCAAGAUUAAUAUCAUACCCAAAAGAUCAGUUCAUGGCAAUACUUGGGGAUGGUUUUAACUAUAAGCAGCCUGAUUACAUCACCCUUGUUAAAAGCAUUCCUGGUGUAACUGGAAUUGUAAUGGUCUUGCUAAUGGCCUUUUCCUUCACUCUAGCCACACAUUCUUUCAGAAAAAAUGUUGUCAAAUUACCUUCGCCUUUGCAUCGAUUGGCUGGUUUCAAUUCCUUUUGGUAUGCGCAUCAUUUGCUGAUUGUUGUUUACAUACUCCUCGUCAUUCAUGGCUACUAUCUAUUUCUCACCAAGGAAUGGCAAAAGAAGACGACUUGGAUGUACCUUGUAAUUCCCCUUUCACUCUAUGCUUUUGAGAGAAUUCACCCAUUUUUUAAAGGUAAAGAUCACCGAGUAAACAUCAUAAAGGCAAUAGUAUACACAGGAAACGUCCUAGCACUAUACAUGACCAAACCCCCAGGAUUCAAGUAUAAAAGUGGAAUGUAUAUUUUUAUCAAGUGUCCAGAUAUAUCCAGUUUUGAAUGGCAUCCUUUCUCCAUCACUUCAGCACCCGGAGAUGAGUACUUGAGCGUCCAUGUACGAACCUUGGGAGAUUGGACUACAGAGCUUAAGAACAAAUUUACAAAGGUUUGUGAGCCUCACAGUGCACAAACAAGAAGGGGAAGCCUUAUGAGGAUGGAAACUAGAGCACCAAGUUCAAGCUUCUCAAAACAAGGCAUUAGAUAUCCAAAGAUCCUCGUCAAAGGACCCUACGGAGCCCCAGCACAAAGCUACAAGAACUAUGAUGUCCUCUUCCUCAUAGGUCUCGGAAUUGGUGCCACUCCAAUGAUCAGUAUUCUAAAAGAUAUGUUGAACCACAUAAAGUUAGGAACCCCUGUAGAAGACUCAAUCCAGGUAAAUCAAUCAGAUGAAGCGAAGAAAGGUCCUGAAAGAGCAUACUUUUAUUGGGUAACAAGAGAGCAGUCAUCAUUUGAAUGGUUUAAAGGUGUCAUGGAUGAUAUUGCAGAUUAUGACCACGAUGGUAUUAUAGAAAUGCAUAACUAUUUGACUAGUGUCUAUGAGGAAGGUGAUGCAAGGUCUGCACUCAUUGCCAUGAUUCAGAAGUUGCAACAUGCUAAGAAUGGAGUUGAUGUAGUUUCAGAAAGCCGGAUAAGAACGCAUUUUGCAAGACCAAACUGGAAAAAAGUGUUCUCACAAUUAGCAAGCACGCAUCAAACUUCUCGGAUAGGUGUAUUCUACUGUGGAAGUCCUACUCUUACAAAGGUAUUGAAGAACCUUUGCCAAGAGUUCAGCCUAAACACAUCUACCCGCUUUCAGUUUCACAAGGAGAACUUCUAAAGGAAAAAUUCACACAGCAUCAGAACUGAAUUAGGCAAUUGGAUUCAUCAAACAUUAGAAGAUUAUACAGACUGUGGAGUGAAUUUGGAUUCAAACUUUUGUAAGUUUCUUGUAUGUACUUAGAUGUAAAAUUUGUGUUGGUUUUACUUAGUUGUUUGUAGUGUUUGUAUCUUAUUUUCAACCUUUAU